GAAACCACUGAGCCACUCAGGCGCCCCAUUAAAUGAGGUUUUAGAGAUACAGUUCCGUCCAUGCAAGUGGUCACUACCCCAUGCUGCAGCUAAGUGACGGGGCUUAUGGCUUCUCUAGAUCACGCAGGGCCAGGAAGAGGGCCCAGCUGCGCUCCGAGGUUGGGUGGGGGCGGUCCUCAGCCUGUCUCCUCUAGACCCCACCCCCAACACCCUCAAGAGCCUCCACCUGCCUUUCUGACCCUUGUGAACCGCUCCCUGGAGAUCAAACCCAUCCCCCAGCCGACGUGCCGGGGGGUCUUUACCGUGGUGGGGGGGCUCUCUGGGCUGUGGCUGGACAAGCAGGUGCGGAAUUCCUGGGGACGUCUGUGCUGUGGCCCCGUCUCAGGCCGCAGCGCUGCAGGGUCUGGACAGCAGAGCCCACGUGGGGCCUCCUGGGGAGUCCCUGGCUCCUUGGGAAACGGUUCCCGUCCGGUAGGACCUGCGGCCUUGAGCUCAGAAGCGCGGUCAUGUCGGCGCCGGCCGCGUGCUGUCUCUCAGAGACUCGAGAGCCAAGCCCACCAGACAGAUCGGUGAGACCAGAAGCCCGUGAAUGUGUUGCUCAAAACCAGGGACACGACAGACUCCCCGACAGCCCGCCCUAAGACAGGUGCAGCUCUUCAUCCCGAAGUCGCCGAGGGCGGCUGGAGUCUGAACUCGAAAACGACGCCAACGGAAGGUCUAGCGGCGUCAGAAAACACUGUACGUGACGGGUUUUCCGUGAGGAAGUAAACGAAUGGCCCGUGGGACACCGCCGUUCGUGGUGCCCAGCUCCGCAAAUGUCCGUCCUGGAUGGACACCAGGGCCCCGCACGGACCCUCCUUAAGUAAAUCCAGUCCUCUCAAGGCUUCGGAACGAGGUGGGGGCACUGGGACGCCUGGCAGAGAAGGACCCCGUGCUCCGAUGGGCGAGAGAGAUCCACGGAAAGAGGGAUGGGUUUUCCCCUUCCCGUGAGGCGGUCAGUCCUCUCUGCAAGAAGACGGGUGCCGUCUCUCCGGGACCCCCGAGCUCUCGCCGCUGGGAGCCGCGGUUUCUGGCGAGGACACGGUGUCUGCUGGCGACCGGGCGGUGGCUCCAUAAAUGAGGUCAUCCAGCUCCUCAAAGCUGGGAAAGCUAAGGAAGUGUCCUACAACGCACUAGCCUCCCACAUAAUUUCGGAAGACGGGGACAAUCCUGAGGUUGGAGAAGCUCGGGAAGUCUUUGAUUUACCUGUAGUUAAGCCAUCCUGGGUGAUUUUGUCCGUUCAGUGUGGAGCUCUUCUGCCAGUAAAUGGUUUUUCUCCAGAGUCCUGUCAGAUUUUUUUUGGAAUCACUGCCUGCCUCUCCCAGGUGUCGUCUGACGACAGGAGUGCCCUGUGGGCUCUGCUCACCUUCUACGGCGGGGGGUGCCAGCUGCAGCUCAACAAGAAAUGCACGCAUCUGGUCGUUCCCGAGCCGAAGGGGGAGAAGUACGAGUGUGCGUUGAAGAGAGCAAGCAUUAAGAUCGUGACCCCUGACUGGGUCCUGGAUUGCAUAUCAGAAAAAACCAAAAAGGACGAAGCAUUUUAUCAUCCUCGACUCAUUAUUUAUGAAGAAGAGGAGGAGGAGGAAGAAGAGGAGGAGGAGGAGGUAGAAAAUGAGGAGCAGGAGUCCCCAAAUGAGGGUAGUUCGGAGGGAAAAUCCAGCCCUGCCAGCUCUCAAGAAGGAUCUCCUUCCGGGGACCAGCAGUUCUCACCCAAAUCCAACACCGAAAAGUCUAAAGGGGAGUUGAUGUUUGAUGAUUCUUCAGACUCGUCACCCGAGAAACAAGAGAGGAAUUUAAACUGGACGCCCGCUGAGGUCCCACAGCUGGCUGCGGCGAAACGCAGACUGCCCUCGGGGAAGGAGCCUGGCCUCAUUAACUUGUGCGCCAACGUGCCCCCCGUCCCGGGCAACAUCUUACCUCCCGAGGUCCGGGGCAGCCUCCUGGCCCCGGGACAGAAUCUCCAAAGUUCGGACAGAUCGGAAAUGAUCGCUACUUGGAGUCCGGCUGUGCGGACCCUGAGAAACAUCACUAACAACGCCGAUCUCCAGCAGAUGAGCCGACCGUCAAAUGUUGCUCACAUCUUACAGUCCCUUUCUGCACCUACAAAAACCUUAGAGCAGCAGGUGAAUCACAGCCAGCAGGGCCACGCGAACGCCAACGCGGUGCUCUUCGGCCCGGUGAAGGUGGCUUCCGAGCCGCACCUGCCGCAGCCGCCGCAGCCACCGCCCCCGCCCCCGCCGCACCCGGUGCUGCACCUUCCCGCCCAGCAGCUCCUGCAGCUCCAGCCGCAGCCGCAGAUCGCCCAGCAGCCGUACCCGCAGCCGCCGCCGCACCCCUUCCCCCCACAGCCGCUGCCCUUCCCCCAGCAGCAGCUGCACCGGCCCCAGCAGCCCCUGCAGCCCCUGCAGCCGCAGCCGCAGCACGUCCUGCAGCAGCAGCUGCACCAGCUCCAGCAGCACCAGCUCCAGCAGCAGCAGCUGCACCAGCUCCAGCAGCAGCUCCAGCUCCAGCGCCUGCAGCAGCAGCCGGCCCCGCUGCCGCAUGCGCCCGGCCAGCCGGCCCAGGCCGCGCAGCACCCGGCGCAGCCCCCGCACCAGCCCCCGCACCAGCCCCUUCAGCAGCACCAGCCCCCGCCGCCGCAGCCGCCCCCGCCGUCCCAGCAGCCCCAGCACCAGCUCUUUGGACACGACCCAGCCGUGGAAAUUCCGGAAGAAGGCUUCUUACUGGGAUGCGUGUUUGCGAUUGCGGACUACCCGGAGCAGAUGUCUGACAAGCAGCUGCUGGCCACCUGGAAGCGGAUAAUCCAGACGCAUGGUGGCGCCGUGGACCCCACGUUCUCCAGCCGGUGCACACACCUGCUGUGCGAGAGUCAGGUCAGCGGGAUGUACGCGCAGGCGAUCAGGGAGAGGAAGAGGUGUGUCACGGCGCACUGGCUGAACAUGGUCCUAAAGAAGAAGAAGCUGGUGCCGCCUCACCGCGCCCUCCACUUCCCUGUGGCCUUCCCCCCGGGCGGAAAGCCCUGCUCUCAGCACAUUAUUUCUGUGACUGGAUUUGUCGACAGUGACAGAGACGACCUGAAGUUGAUGGCUUACCUGGCGGGCGCCAAGUACACGGGCUACCUGUGCCGCGGCAACACGGUGCUCAUCUGCAAGGAACCCACCGGUUUGAAGUAUGAAAAAGCCAAGGAGUGGAGGAUACCGUGUGUGAACGCCCAGUGGCUUGGCGACAUCCUCCUGGGGAACUUCGAGGCGCUGAGGCAGGUCCACUACGGCCGCUACACGGCAUUCAAUCUGCAGGAGCCCUUCGCCCCGACUCCGCACUUGGUUUUCAAUCUUCUGGAUGCUUGGAGAGUCCCGUUGAAAGUGUCGGCCGAGCUGCUAAUGGGCGUGCGGCUGCCUCCCAAGCCGAAAGCGAGUGACGUGACGGCCCAGCCUUCCUCCAAGAGAGCCAGAAUCGAAGAUAUACCGCCUCCCACCAAAAAGUUAACACCAGAAUUGACCCCUUUUGUGCUUUUCACUGGAUUUGAGCCUGUCCAGGUUCAACAGUAUAUUAAGAAGCUCUACAUCCUGGGGGGCGAGGUCGCCGAGUCGGCGCAGAAGUGCACGCACCUCGUCGCCAGCAAAGUGACGCGCACGGUCAAGUUCCUGACGGCCAUCUCCGUGGUGCGGCACAUCGUGACCCCGGAGUGGCUGGAGGAGUGCUUCAAGUGUCAGAAGUUCAUCGACCUUGUUUCUCCCACCUGACACAGCGUAGCAGCUCCAUCUAAUUGGCGGAUCAGCUGGCUUUCCCGGUUAGUGAUUUGUCUCUUUGCUGAUCGGACUGUUCUUGGUCGGGGUCAGCCGGCUGGCUGGUGAGCAGACGCGGCUUCUCCGGGUGUGAAGCCUCAUUGCUUUAUGAACAGGACCUUGGGCAGAAACCGCACGUAGCCAGCAAGUCCUGGCGUGUGUCGUCUUGCUCCCCGACCCCUGCCCUGUGCCGUACUUUGGGCAACUGUCAUCAGAGCCCGCUGUGUUAUGCGACCUGGUUGUUACUAUGACAUGAGGAAGAAAUGCUUUCCUGAGCAUGGGACUUUGAUAAGAAGCCUGAAACAUGUGAUGAAACUUGUGAUCUUUGACUUUUGGUAAAUUGGAAGUGUUACCGUAAGAACUGUGAAAGACAGAGUUCUCCUACGUCCUCAAGAUUUGGUGAAACUAUUCCUUGUAAAUUGCUGUCCACUUUCAUAUAUUUAGAAGGAAUCUGUUAGAUCUGUGCAAUUUAUUACCAGCUCCUUGAGUGCAACGAGGCCUGCGGUCGUCAUAUUCACAUUGAAUGUGAUGUGGGUUCUGAGCUGGUCCCCCGGGCCGGAGUUCUCCUUCAGGGUCUGUGAACUCGCUGAAACCAUGUGGAACGGGCAGGGGUGUGGAGAGCAGGUGGGCAGUGGAAGAGGGGCCCAGCUGUCAGUCCAUUUGUUUUCAGGAGCAUAUGACCCCGGAGGCGAAGAUACGCUGUGGAGAAGGAAGUCUGUCUGUCCUGUUGUCUGGCUGUUUUCAGGGAAGAGCAAAUGAAACAGAAUAGCGGGGAUUUCCGUAUUCAGCGGUUUCCCGGGGUGGGGGGUGAGCCGCGGGCAACAUGCCCUUGACCUGCUGCCAGGAGACCUCGGGGGCGGAUCCCGUGCCUGGUCCCCCGCGAGUCUGCACUAUUCUGAGCGGGCGGCUCUGUU